GGCGGCAGUGUGGCGGCGGGGUGUGCGAGGGAUGGACCGGGUGGCCGCGCUGCUCCCCGCCGUGAGUCGCGAGGCCCCGCCGCUGUGUCCGCCAUGAAUAGCCGCGACCCCUUCUUCCCUGGGCGGGCGGCGCCCUGGGCGAACUACACUCCCGGCACGCACUCCGUCUACUCCUCCCCGCCAAGGUUCCCCUACAGCGUGCCGGCGUCCAGGUCCCACCAGGGCUACGUGCCGGGGGGCGUGGUGUACGGACCCUCGCCCUACCUGGACCGCGACCACUCGCCCGCCCCGUCCUUCAGCAACCGCAAUGGCCUGGACCACUACUCAGCGGGCAGAUGGACCAGCUCAGCCUCCCCCGUGUCCCGCCGCCGCACCUGCCCCCUGGAGGACGAGGAUCCCGAUCCCGUGGUGUUUAACGCGGGCGUCACCUUCAGGAUGGGCCGCGAGGCGCACGUGCAUCGCCACCUGGACGUGCAGCCCGCCCACGCCACGCCCGAGGCGCCCUCCGCCGCCCUCACGCGCCAGAUUGACAAGUUCCUCAAGAAAAGUGACCACGCGCUGGACCGCUACAGCGCCCUGCUGGAGUCCCGCUCCUCCAGCGGCCUGGCGGGGCGCCGCGGCAGGUCCGUGACACCCGCAGGCAGCCUGGGGGUGGAGUCCCCUGACACCAGCCUGUCUCUGCGCGCCCAGCGCUCCACCUCCGCCGCCUCCAUCGCCGUGAAGGCGGAGAAGCACCUGGAGAGUCUGGGCCCCGUGGGGCGCCGCCACACUGGGCCCAUCGCGGAGCGUGAGGAGGAUGACGAGGAUUAUGACUCCUCCAGCAGCGGCUCCUUCGACGACUUCACGGACGACACUUCAGAUGACCUGAGCAAGGAUGCUGGCGUGGACAAGGAGCGCACCAAGGGCCACGUCGCCGCCUCCAGCAGGACUCCCGCCCAUCAGCCUUCCAAAUCCAGUCUUUCAGCCCUCGAGGGUGAUGCGACUGACGACCCACACGUGUUUAGGCUGGAUGACCUGAGCUCCGACAGUGACGACGAAUACUUCGAUGUUGUGCCCUUGCCGGGCCUGCGGCCUCCGCCCUUGCCCCGAACCGCGACCUCGUCCGCCGCCUCGCCCCAGCAAGGGUUGCACAACAAGCUCCUUUCCGCCCCGCUCAACCCUCCCACCCACAGUAGGAGCCUCCCCGCCGUGAAUAAGGGGCCGCCCAAGCGAGCCAUGGGAAACAACCCCGCCCCUGCCGCCCCCACACCGGGAACAAACACCCCCACACAAGUGGCCGACAAGCCUCCAGCAGCAGCAAUGCCCUCACCCAAAGCACCCGCGCCUCCCCCUCCCUCAGCUGCACCCCUGAAGACCCUUGACAGACCCGCGCCGCAGCCCCCCGCUGGCUUCUCCGUAUCGCGGAGCAGCAGUGUGGUGAGCCGGGGAGAGGGCGUGAAGAAGUACCCCGCGCCGCAGCCCCCGAAGGACCCCAACACCGCUAAGGGCGUCAAGGAUGUGAGUGACGCUAGCGAUUCUAAGGACGUCAAGGAGAGAGAGGCGGGGAAGCUAAACAAGCCUGAGUGUCCCGAGGCCAACACAGACAGCAAGCCGCUCACUGACUCGCCUGACAACGCGUCGCAGAACAAGGCGAAUUCCGCCGAGGCGCCGCCAAGACCCGGCGCGGCCAUCACUCCUGCCAGCAGCGGCCUGGUCAGGACAGACAGCGACGCAGACAAGGCGUUUGGUGCCACAGCGAAGCCCCGUCGUGCCCCUUCCUUCAAGAAAUACCCCGCCCCUCAGCCUCCUGCCGGGCCAGCCAGACCCAAGUCCGAUGGCGCGAAUUUGAAUCUUGCGCGAGAUAACGUCCUCGCUGCCUCGUCUGGCAGCGUCCCAAGCCUCCUCCAGCCGCCCGUCACGGGGCUCAGCGCGGCGCCCAGCUCAUCAAACCUGUCAGUGGGAGAGAAGAAGUCACCUGAUACUCAAAGCAGUGUGACGGACGGCAAGGGAGAGGAGGCGGUGGCGGCAGCGAAGCCAGUGCCUCAGAGCCCACCACCAGAAGGUAACUCGAGCUACACUCCCUCCACCAGGAAGGUGCGCGCUGGGAGUCCAGUGCCGGAGAAAAUGCCAGUGUCAGGAAGGAAGGCCCCAGCGCCCCCUGUGGUGACCGGGAAGCUGAAGAUCGCCUCCAGUGACUCCACGGCUACGCUGAAGCAGGACUUGGACAAGGCGUCUGCCAAUGCCAAAGCCAAGGUAGAAGAGGAGAACACCAAAAACAGCGGAGACAAGGCACCGAGUAAGUCAGCCAAGGUGGAGAGUAAAGAAGCAGCACUUGUGGAGGACAAGAAGAUACCUAAUGGAGACCUGGCCCGCAGUCCCUCCCCUGGGAAGACCCUUGACAAGAAGAAAGACGGGAAACAAACCAAAACCACGGACAUGGCGGGCAGUAGCAGCGGCCAGCAACAAGAUAACGCUACGAAGAGCAAGAAGGCCGCCAAGACUGAGGCCAAACCAGACGAAGUAACCGUAAACCACGUGUGUAACGGAACGCAAGAGUCUGGAGAGAAGGUUUCCACGGACAACCAGAAGCACAAGAAGGUAAAUGGAACGCACACUGAAGAGGAUUCAGGCAGCCGAGGAGACACGCCUAGCAGAAGCAGCUCAGUGGCCAGCGACGUAACCUCCCCUGACGUGUCCCAGAAGACCUACAAACGAACUCGGAGCGGAAAGUUGGCGGGAAUCUUGAACAAGUUUGAGGUUGAUGAGCCACCAAAGGGCAGCGACAAGGUGAAGCCCAAGAAGGUCGGCAAAAUAUCAGGCUUAGCGAGUGUGUUCGAGAGUGGGAAGGACCAAGCCCCCUCCAAACCUGACCUCGCCUCCCUCAAGUCCACAGAGAAGAAGACGCCAGAAUCCAAACCUGUGAGUAUUGCCGGCAUCACCACCUCCAAGUUUGGCGGUGUUGCGAGGUUCAAGAAACCUGGCGAUACGAAGAAGGAGGAGUCCAAGCCAUCCAGCUCCGAGGACACGAAGAAGAGUAGUAAGGAAACAACAAAGAAGAAGGAUGAAGUGAACGGGGUAGCUGACAACACUGAGCUCAAGAAAACCGAUAAAACUGACAAGCAUGGUAAAGAAUCAGCGAAGAAAACUGAAGAAAUUAAUGGAGUUGCAGAGAGCGCUGAAGAUAACAAGGACAAGAAAGUGUCUGAGAAAGUGGACAAGAAGGACAAAGAAGCAAAGAAGAAGGAUGAAGUGAAUGGAGUCGUAGACAACAAAACAGAGAACAAGAUCAAAACAGCCUCUGAAGAAAAAACGAAGACUGACACAGAGACGAAGAAUAUUGAAGCGAAUGGAAUCAUAAAUAAAACAGACAAGAUCAAGACGGUAUCAGAGGAAAAAACUGAUAAGAGUGACAAAGAGGCGAAAAUUGAAGUGAAUGGGGUCGCAGAAAACAAUGAACUUAGCGUGAAGCCCAAGAAACCAUUUGGAAAGAAAGGAAAGAUAAGCAAAGAGUCUUCACUGGAGAAGAAAGAUCAAGUCAACGGAGUCAUUGAAAGCUGUGAGAAUGACCAAGAAAAUAUGAAGCCGCCUGACAAGACCAGUAAAGACCACUCUGUCAGGAAGAAAGAUUACGUCAACGGCCACAUUGAAGGCAUGGAAGACAACCUAGAGAGCAAAACACCGUCAGUGUCCAAGAAGAUAGAGAAGACCAGCGAAGUGACGACGCCCUCGGUGAAAAAGAAAAGCUACGUGAAUGGUAUUACUGAAAGUAUUGAGAUCGAUGGAGUUACGAAAGCUCACAAACCAGAGAGCGAAACGGAUUCACCUGUGAAGGCUAAGGGAAAGCUUGAAACAGAAGUGAAGGAGGAAAAUACAGCGAGCGAGGUUCCCCAAACACUCACCAAUGGGGACUUAGGGUCCGAUGAGAGCAGUCUGUCAUCUGCUUGCGAGAUCGAGGUGAAGAGCGUCGCCGCAGCUGCACUGAGAGCUUCCGUCACUGCGCCGUCUGCAGGGCGUGGCGAGAUGGGCCAGGGAGCCAGACCCAAGGAGUCUAUCAAGUCUCUCCCCGCCAAAGGAGGAGAUACUGAGUCUAAAAUUACCUUAGGUCGGUUAGAUUCCGCUAAGAGCGCUAAGGACUCCGCGGAGAAGGAAGCUGUCUCCAAGGGCAAGGUGGAGGGCAAAGUGGAUGCCACCGAGGCUCCCACAGUCAAGGGCGGUGAGACGCUGGCCACCAACGCGUUGGUUGCCAAAAAUCACGCUGCCAAACUUGAUAAAUCGCAUUCAAAGCCCGAGGAAGCUGUGGCUGAAGGGGAAGUGACAGCCGCAGCAGGCGCCGCGUGUCAGCAACAGCCUGGCGACGAGGCCAGAGCAAAGGAGAAAACGCAACCUAUUGCCCCUACAAAGACUGAAAGUAUAUUGGCUGCAUCUGUUGACCAAAAGGAUAAGGCGGAAGCCACGCCCGUGCCACAACUCACGCUGAGUGACACUACCGCGGACAAGACAGUGGCCGAGUCGGUAGCACAAACAUGUAGCGGUGCGGAAACCCUCGUAACAGUGGCCACUGCCCAGGCCCUAAGAGAAGCCCCUGAAAUCACAACACCACCCAUCGCCCUCGCACAGCAUGCCAGCACUUCCCUAUCACUGAGUCACAAACCCGAGGGCGAGAAGAUAGAGAUAAGAGUGAUCCCCAAGGCCACCGUCACUGACCAGCCCCUCACUAAGAUAAAAGUUAUUGCCAACGCCACAGUGUCUGACCAGCACUUCAGCCUCGCCGGACCUUCCAGGGAGGCCUCACAGGACCCCGAGGGCCGCCAGUCGCUAGCAGUAGGACGUGUCCCUAACAGCAGCUCGGCACCGCAGCUGUCCACGCUGGGCGCGUCAGGAUACUCCUGGAAGACCAAUCGAAUACGAAGGAAGCUGAACGACGCCAUCGAAAACACGGAGACCAUGCUACCGCGCCUCGAGUCCGAGGUGGAGAACUUGCUGCGGGAGGCAGAGGACUACCUGGCGCCGGAGCGGAGGGCGCGGCGCUCCUGGACGCCCACUUUCCCGCGCAUCAUAACCAGGGGCUCUUGUCCCGCGCUGGCAGCGAGGCGGGCCAAGAGCCACGGCGAAGACGAGGACGAGGUGUUCGAGGACGCCCUGGACCCUUCCCAGCUGGAUACGCUCAUGCCGCUGCCGGACGUGCAGGCGGAGCGGGAGCGGCGGUCUCGAUCCCGCACGCCCAUGGAGGGCCCCGAGCGGUCCUCGUCCAACAACUCGAUGGUGGCGCAGGCCGAGGCGCUGCUCUCCGAGACUGACCGCAUACUGCGACGCUCCCGCUCGGACAAGUCCCUGCGGAGAUCGUACAGCAGGUCCCUGUCCUCGGCGGCGCUCAACAAACUGGCGGAGGUGACGGCGGACCUGUCUGAGGAACACAACACUGCGCACCUGGCGGGGGAGAGGCUGGAGGCGGAGCAGGCGGAGAGGAUGAAGCUGGAGAAGGAGGUGGAGAGACUACAAAACAACAUGCGGAUGAUGAGCACAGCGAACGGGAAGCUGGAGAUGGAGAAGCAAGCAUUACAGAGCGAAGUCCUGAACGGGGAGGCGGAGCACGACGAGGAGGAGGCGGCCGACGCAUCUCUCUACCGCCGCAAGUAUGAGUGGUGCUUGCGGGAGAUCGAGCUGCUGAAGAAACAACUCAAGCAGCAGCAGGAGGAUGACCUUGACCACCUCCUCCUCCUCAAGAAACAGCUGGAGAAGAAGGUGGCGGACGCGUAUGAGGAGACAGAGGAGCAGCGUCAGGUGGUGGCUCAGGUGAAGAGGAAGUCACAGAGGAUACAGGCAGAGAUGAACGACCUCAAGAUACUGCUGGAGGAACAGACCUCGAGGAACAACAUGCUGGAGAAGAAGCAGAGGAAGUUUGACCAGGACAUGAUGGCGGCGCAGGAGGAGCUGAGACAUGAGCGAGCCAACAAGGACAAGGUGCAGAGGGAGAAGGAUCAGAUUCUCUCCGAAAAGUAUUCCUUCGAGCAGGAGGUUGCGACGCUGAAGCUUGAGCUGGAGCUGAAGGAGGAGAAGCUGACGGCCCUCAACAGACAACUGGAAGACCUUAACUUCACGGGCAAGUCUGAGGAGGAGGUGGCAGUCCUGAAGAAGGCGAAACAUGACCUGGAACUGCGCGUCAAGGAUCAGGAGGAGGAGCUGGAUGACUUGGCGGGGCAGGUACAGAUGCUGGAGGGAGCCAAGGUGAGGCUGGAGAUGAGCAUUGAACAGAUGAGGAAGGAGAAUCGGCGGGAAGUGAGCCAGCGUGAGGAGGAGCUGGAGGAAGUGAGGCUCUCGGCACAGAAGAAAGUCAAAGCCCUGGAGAGUCAGCUGGAGAACGAGCAUGAGGAGAGAACACUGCUGGUCCGUGAGAAGCACGAACUGGAGCGGCGCGUGUCGGACCUGCAGGACCGCCACGUGAGCCAGGUGGACGAAGAGUAUGUACACAAGCUGAAGAAGGAACUGAAGAAGACCAAGGCACUGCUGCGGGACACCCAGACCAUGCUGGAGAAGAGCCAGUCAGAGGGUGGACAGAAGCUCCUCGUCAGGCAGCUCAAGACACAGCUGGAAGAUGCAGAGUUUGCCAAGACAGCCGCCAUCAAGGCCCGGCAGUGUGCUGAGGCAGACCUGUCCGACCUCACGUCCCAAAUGGAGGAGGCUCAGCGGUCCAGGAAGGAGGCUGAGGACCGCUGUGCCAGGAUUGGAAAGGAGAGAGCUGAGAUACAAACACAGCUGGAAGAGAGUGAGGAGGAGGUGGCGGAGGUGAUGAAGAAGUACAAGUCGGUGGUGUCACAGCUGUCGGUGGACCAGAUCACACUCUCCGAGCAGACCCAACAGAUUGCCGAGCUGGAGCAUGAAAAACAGGUGCUUCAUGAGCGCCUGCUGGAGUUGUCAAGCAAGGUGGAGGUGCUGGAGGGAGAGACGGCUAACAUCCACACCCAGCGCCGCCUUGAGCUCAAGAUCAAGGAAGUGGAGUCCAAACUGGAGCUGGAGCAGACCACCAGACAGAGACUAGAGAGCCAAAUCAGCCGACUAAAGGACCAGCUGGAGCGAGUGACUGGUGACUGUGACUCAGCGCGCCUGAAGGAAGCUCAGGCAGUGGAGCAGAACAAGCGUGUGGCCCGACAGCUGCGCGACGCCAAGGAGGACCUGUCCACGCUGCAGCAGCGCCACACCGAUGCUGUAAACAAGAAGAGUGAGAUGGAGAAGCAGCUGGAGUUGGCAGAUUCUGAAGUGGCCACCCUGAAGAGUGACCUCAAGUUGGCGUUUAAGAGAAUUGAGGACCUACAGCAGGCCAUCCAGGGUGACCUCAAUGAUUCUGACUCGGACCUCUCAGACAGUGACAGCGACAGCGACGGCAGCUUGAGCUCUUAUCUGACAGCAUCUCUGAAACAGCAGAUGUCCUCCUCCAAUUCAACACUUCGCACUCCCCCCUCGGAAGUGCAUCAGUUAGACAGGGCGGAGCAACCCACCUCCCCCUGCAGCGAGGCCAUCAGCGAGGACCUGGACGAGGCGGCGGCCACAAGGGAGUCUUUUGCGUGAUAGUUUGUACUUAGCUUAUACCUGAUAUGAGUAUUACUAUAUUACUAUUGUCAUCUCGCCGCAUAGAAUUGUACAUGUGAGAGAUGAUCAGACUAAUAGGUGUAUUUCUGAAUUCUCUAGCUUAACUGAACAUUUCUAGGCAAAAGUUGUGUUCCAGUGGUGAUUUGUUGUUACUGGAGAAGUGAUUGAGCUUUAAAUAGGUUUUGUAUAUGUGUACAGAGAUAUGAUGAUGAUGAUAGCUGGGUGAGAGGAUGCUGCUGCUUCUUGAUCUCUUGCUACUUGGUGCUCUCCUCCUCCAGAAGGGUUUGUUUACCUCUUUUUUAUCUCCUCACGUUAUAAGUGACAUUCCUUACGUGUCUCGGCUCGGCAGGUGGAUCAGCCACGCCUUGCCAGUUCCUAUUCGCUCUCGGUUACUUUGUGUUGUAACCUUCAUGUUCUUUUUAUUGUGAAGUAAAAAGGCAGUGGCGCGGUUUAUCCAUCUACAGCAGUUGCUCACGAACAUCAGUUUGCUGCAGUAGUACAGUUCUAAACAAUAUUGACGGUAACACACAUCAAACUUUAUCUGCUCACAUGGUUUAUAAACUCUGCCACACUCGUAGACAGGAUCAGUAUUACAACCACGACUGACUUCAGUUUCUGUCCUGCCCACUGCAGCUCACAAGUGUACCUUUAGUCAGCGUUGGGUUGACUUUGGAGUUCACGAAGAUUAAUUGUUAACAUUUUCUCACUCCUGCUCACAAUGCUGCCUGCACUGAGGCCUUAUUGCCGCCCCCAGGACCCUGCAUCCUCUGCCUCCUCUGUGGCUUGCUGUCCAGCUUUUGUAUAUAAAAGCCUGUAAAAAUUUUGUGAAUGCAUAUUUACUAUGUAUAUAUGUCAAACUCGCCUUAGUUGUGCAUUGAAUGGCUGGGCAGCGCACCACACGGGAAUUCCUGCUUGCUUCCCACCUCUUCCCAGUCUGAAGAGUGGAGACAGCCCAGCUCUGGCACUUCCUCCCUCUCUUCUCUCCCCCUGUCCCCCUCCUGCAACAGUGUACAGUGUCUCAGUUCCUCAGGAAGGUGUUGAUGCCAGGAGAAACACUUUGCCAAACACUUAGGGGUACAUCUUUGCACACAGCUAACUCCUACAUCCAACAUUCGCCACAGUGAGAUUUAGUGAACUCGUACGUACGUGCAGCAAACUUUUGAAAGCUCAGAUAUCCAUUAUUGACUGAAGUGAGAUUUAGGCAGUGAAUUUGUACAUACAGAAAUACACAAAUAUUUAGCAAAGUGAGAUUAAGAAUGAUGCAAACUAUAUUAAACAUACACGUAAACCUGAAACUGUGCUUUGAAUAACCAAUUAUACACACGUAAAUACCAAAAAAGAAUCACACGUGUACUUCUAUCUAUCUAUCUAUAUAUUAACCAUUUCAUUUAUGUAGCAAGUUAACCAAGCUAGAGAGAAGCAAAUGUGCAGACAAGCCAACAAAAAACGUGCCAUUGUGGGGAAUUGGUUGACCACAUUCCUCAUUCGAGCUUGACUUGUCCUGCCCUCAUGAACCACACCCACCUGACUGACACAUGAACAGCUGUGACUGGUACUUAAUAUUGCCUUGUUCAUUUUGGCCAGGAAAAGAAAACCAAAAUAUUAUUAUAGUGUACAAGGCCUUGAUAGGAACUGUAUUACUGUAUCAAAAGUAUAUCAUAUAGUCUAUACAUAUUUAUUUACUUUCUUGUAAAUUAUUUAUCCUCCCCUCACCAAUAAAGCUCAUGUAAGAAAUCAUAUCACAGAAUCCUUAGUGUAAGACAAAGGUUUGUAAUGAUUUGUAUGGAAUUUCUUUAUAUAGAUAUGUACAGUGGAAAACACAACUAACAGAUGA